CCUACCUAAGUUCUCAAUAGCUCUCAGCUAGCUGUAAACAAAAAUCUAUUGUGAAUCAUGAUCAUAUGAAUGAAAUAGGGCCCAGCCCAACUAUGUCAAUAUAUUCAAUGAGCGUUUCCAAUGUGUAUUAAAUUCAGGCCUCAAGAAGUACAGAUUAAACUUUUGAAUUAAAAUGGCUGAAGGUGGAUCAGAGAAACCUACAAAAUAUCCAGCAGUACCCCAGUAUGGGCCUUACACAAUAAGAGAUUUGAAACCAGGUGAAAAGAAGAAAUGGUGUAGUUGUGGCCUGAGUAAGAAACAACCCUGGUGUGAUGAUUCUCACAAAUGCACUGGCUUUACACCAUUGCUUUGGACUGUCCCAGAAAAACAACAAAAACUUUACCAAAUAUGCGCUUGCAAAUACACACGUAAACCACCAUAUUGUGAUGGAACGCACGUCAAUCUUCCGUGCGAUGUUCUUGAGCGUCAGAAAGGUUGUGCACAACAGAAAGAACAUAGUAACUGCCAAAAGCUAUGUACAAGUUGUGGAUUCAUCCCCGACUUCUGAUUUGGUUUUAUUGGUCAGUUGAUAAAGAGUAUGAGGUUCGCACAAGAAAACAGGUUUUCAUUCAGUAAAAUGGAAAGUUCCAGACAAUCCAGAGCCAGCGUAUGAUAUAUGUGGGUGUUGCAGUACCAAGAACGCCCCCUUCUGCGAUGGUACCUGCCGUCAAACAG